AGUGUUUUAUCUUUUUAGGAUAGUUAGCGUACGAAUUUCAUAUUUACGUGUCACAUAACUUGUUCUCGGACACUUACCUCCUAGCAAUGUAACUCCACUUGUAUGUCGAAGGGUAACUUCCAAAGGGUAUCGAAGCUACAACAACUGGUUUUAAUGUGUACUCUGGUUACACCCUUUAAUCUAUUACGAUAAGAAAUAUUAUUGGGAACCAGGUGAUUAAAGAUGGCGCCGCCCAUUACACUUCGUGGGAGUGAUGGUAUUUGGAUGGUAAAUGGACCACCCACACUAGGAUCUCGUCCAGAUUUCCCAGGGGAAACCAGUUCAAAGACUAAAGUAGUAGUUUUCAGUUCUGAUGGGACGCUUUUAGCAUGGUGUAAUGGUGACAGUGUCAAAGUUGUGAAGACACCAGAUUACCAACAGUUGUGGGAUUUACCUCACGCAAAAGUCCAGUGUAUGAAGUUUUCCCCGAAAGGCAGUAUUUUGUUAGUAUGGGAAAAUUAUUCAGUAAAUCAAGAAACACAACAGGGAAAUGCAAAUUUACAUAUAUACAACAUGCAAACUGGCAAAUUGUUGAAGAGUUUGAUUCAAAAGAAACAAGCAAAUUGGGAUCCAGUGUGGACGAACGAUGAAGGAAUCUGUUGCCGAAAUGUUAAUAAUGAACUUCACUUCUUUGAGAAUAAUGAUUUUGAUAGUAUUAAAACAAAGUUACACAUGCAGAAAGUGUCAAGUUUUGCUUUAGCUGUGAGUGGCCCUCCAUAUUAUGUAGCUGGUUAUGUACCGGGAAGUAAGGGACAACCUUCAUUUAUUAGAUUAUAUAAAUAUCCUAAUUUUGGUGGACAACAAGCAGCCAUUGCUAAUAGAAGUUUUUAUAAAGCAGAGGAUGUGAAGAUGUUAUGGAACAAUGCAGGAACAGCAUUAUUAGCUUUAACUUCUACAGAAUUAUCUGAUCAGUCAUAUUACGGUGAUCAAGGAUUACAUUACAUGAAUAUAAAUGGUGAUGCAUGUCUUGUACCUAGAUCAAAGAAUGGACCUAUUUAUAAUAUUGCUUGGAGUCCAAAGUCCACAGAAUUUUGUGUUGUGUAUGGAUUUAUGCCCGCCAAAGCCACAUUGUACAACAUGAAGACAGAACCUAUAUUUGAUUUUGGAACAGGACCAAGGAAUUGCUGUUUCUACAAUCCACAAGGGAACAUUUUGUGUCUGGCAGGAUUUGGCAAUUUAAGAGGAAAUUUGGAGUUUUGGGAUGUCAAACAAAAACGACAGAUUACUCAAACACAGUCUCCAGAUACUACAAGUUUUGAAUGGUGUCCUGAUGGUGAACAUAUACUAACAUCAACUUGUUCUCCAAGACUCAGAGUAGCUAAUGGCUACAGAGUUUGGCAUUAUACAGGUACCUUGUUGCAGCAAGUUUUGUUAGAGCAAAACCAUGAAUUGUGGGAAACAGCAUGGCAACCAGCACCUAAAGGAGCUUACCCAGAGAGACCUAUCAAAUAUGGUGUAGUACAAGCUCCAGUUGAUGUACCUCAACCUGAUGCCAAACAAAAAGCAUACCGUCCACCUCAAGCAAGAGGAACAGAGGCAUCAGUAAAACUACAUGAAUAUGAAGCUGCAUCAGAUCCAACAAAGAAACUAAAUCCUGGUGAAGAAUCUAAAGCAGCAAGUAAAAACAAGAAGAAAAGGGAGGCAAGGAAAGCUAAGUCAGCACAGGAAGAUGGUCAAGCAGAAACUGAAGCUACAGCCAGUGUUCCAGGGGGACCAUCACUAUCUGACUUAGGACGACCUCAAUUAACUGGUGAUCCAGAGGUGGACAAGAAAAUUAAAAAUAUAAACAAAAAAUUAGCUGCAAUACAAAAACUCAAGGAACAACAACAGGCAGGAAAACAACUUGAAAAAAAUCAGUUGGACAAAUUAAAGACAGAAGAAUCUCUGCUAAAGGAACUGAAAGAUCUAAAAAUAACUUAAAUAGUUCACUGCACAUUUUCAAUGAAUUGUUUUACUCUACAGCAGAUAUCAGAUUUAAUAUUUUGUUGCAUGUAAUUUACCUUGUUUAAAACUGAAUAGAUAAGUGUUCAGGUUUGUGAGUUGGUUUUAUAAGAGAAAAGACAGAGACAAUCUUUAAUUUAAUAGUUUCAAGUCUUUGAAUAACUUGUCUGUCUACUGGAUAAUAAGGUGCAUUUUCAAAUUAUUUUGUUUUAUCUUAAAAUGGCAAAUAAUCCAGACUUGUAUUGCAUAAAUUGAUUAUGGAGUUCAUGUUAAAACUGUUAUGUUCAGAAAGAUUAUUAAUAUUAUCAGAAUAUUUUGUUUUGAGUGAUUUUUGUAAUUUUACUUUAUUUGCUCAAUUAGCUAAUGUUUCAAAACGUAUGGCAUGUUAAAAUUUUAAUUUGAAUACAUGAGUAGAAAAUGUCCUGCUCUCUUAAUUUGUAUCAGGAUUGAAGGUAUAUUACAGUUAUACUAUUGUAAGGAUUUCAUAUGAUUCUCUAAGAUACAUUGUAUUAAAUUCCAUGGAAUGCUAAUGUUUUGUGCAACACCAACCAAAUUUUAAUAAGUUCCACAGAACAUUAUAACCUUCCACAGUAGUAAAAAAGGAUUAUUAAUGUUAUGAUUAUUGAUACUAAAUUUUCAAAAUUCUUUGUUCAUUUACUUUUAAAAUAGUUCAAUCAUGUCAAAUUAAAAAAUCUCAAUAAAUUGGUCACUAUUAUACAUGUAUACACUAUUAAAGAUCUACAAAGCUUUCUGUUAGUCUACUAGUACUAAAAGCUGUGAUAUAUAAACUUGUCAGUAAACUAAGUAUUUAAAUUAUUGCUUUGUUAUUGAAAGAAAAAAGGUUUGUUCAAACAGUUUGUUUUGUCUGUUUAUUCAUAUUUAUGAAAAAUACAAAUGCAACAAUU